CCAUUAACGACAAGCAACCGAAGAAGGCUGCAGAAGGCUCACACGAGCUGUGCUGACCAUGGCGCCGCCAGCACAACCAUUAACAGGUCCGGCACGAAAGGCCUCGAAAAAAAUCCCGCCGCUCACCAAUCUCGCCCCCUGCGUCUUAGUCCCUCUCCGAGACGACAUCCUCAAUACCGAACUGUCACAAGACCCGGUCAGACGCAUCAAGUGGAUUCUCAACACCAUCAACUAUCAGCGUGAAGGGAUCCGGGAGAAUCUGCUAUGUAUGUUUGAGCGAGAGAAGCAGCGCGCCAUCCAGCAGGCCAUUGAAAUGGAGCAGGCACAGGGCCCGCCAAAAACCAGACCAGGCUUGCCUCUGAGCGAGGUGGACGAAGUUAUCGCGAAUAUGGAAGCUCCAGCCGUGCCCGGUAUGAACUACAACAUUUCGAGUAUGCCAGUCUUGCACCCUCCGACGUCCCUGCCACCCAACACGUCCCAUAGGGACAGGACCGUGUUGGAACUUCUCCUGAUGGUCGAGAAGGGACUGUCUCAACUGCAAGGAUUCGAGAAAUACAUGGCGGACAUCAAACAGCACUACCUCGCCUGUCUCGAGCGGGAAUUGGCAAAGAUGGACGAUCCCGGGAGGCUGACGGAGGGACGAUCGGGAUGAAGGCUGGUAGAAGCGGUGACGGGAAAACAUUGGCCAGCUACACUAUUCCCAGCGCAGUGGUGGUGCCUUGGAGCGUGUCGCGAUGAAAGAUUUCGUAGGAAGAAUGUGGCAACCGGCGGUAAGAACCAUUGCUCAUCGAGGCCAAAAGAGCUCUCUCACAUGCAUCCAAAUCGGAGCCGAUAUAUUCAAUCUAGAGCACAUGAUAGAGGAGGACUCGGUGGAAGAGCGAUGCAGCACGAACGUGCCACAUCGCCGACAAAAUGCUCCUACAAUAAGUGCCCAAAAAGUACAAUGGAGAGAGAAAAAGUUCAAAAUGCGAAAGCGUUGCAAACAGUGGAGGCUUUAAAAAGGCGACAAGCUUACAAUUUGCGGACCGUGAUUGGCUGAAUAAGCGGGGCCGCUAGCUCACGUUUCUUCCGGGUAGUACUUCGUCUGAGCCGUCCCACGCCUCACGACUUGGCCCAGG